CUGGGACACAAACAGUGGGUCGGUAUGAAGAAGGUAUGAAUAUAGCUUUAACAGCUUUAACGGCGUCAACAGCAGCAGUUUCCACUGUGGAAGGAAGGCGACGAGAGAAAACAACAACCUGCAGCCGACACAGAGAGGAAGAGUGAAUUUUGGACUCCUGCGUGUCGUUUUUGUCGCUGAUGAUGAUGAAGAGGAGGAGGUUUAGUCUCUGAGAUGCAACGGAGGGACUGAUUUAUGCUAGUGCGUUAUAACGUUAGCUGGACGAGGCAAUACUGGCUGCUGGAGUCAUAAAAGUUGUUGCACCACUUUGGUCAUCUCAGUGUGAAGAAGAGUUGGAUUGUUUUGUUUUUUCCUCUCCAUCCAUUGAAGUCUACUCAACUGUCCUGAGCUUGAGAGGGGUGCACAACUUUGAUUGAAUAUGGAGAGUGUGUCACACAGAGACUGCACAACUGUGUGUUUUAUUCAGUCAUUGGACUGGCACAUGACCCAGCUAGUAUACCCAAGAUAAAUGCAUUCAUGUAAUGGCCAAGGAGAGUGACUGGAUGGAUUUCAUGUGUGUGUCUCACUAUAUGGCUGCUCUCAGAGUUGCAUAGCUAUGGGUCACCACUGCUGAAGCCAUUCAAUUCAUAGACCUUUGAUAUUGCUAGACAUGGACUUGAGCUGGAUGUAAAAAAAAGACUGUCUGAAAACCUGAUUUGUCAACAGCUGUCUUCCAGGUGUGACAGGUCAUCUGAGCCUUUGCUGUUGUUGGUCCCCUCAGAGCUUAUUUGAGGGCCAACAUGUCAAUGUCAGGGUCCACGACUGUGCAGCUGUUCACCAAGCUUGUCAAGCACGCGGUGGGUAAAGCACAGAUCCAGCUGAACCGCUGGCUGCAGAGGACUGCCACAGAUGAGUGCGACAAAAUCGACAUCCUGAUAUGCAGCGCCUUUGACGAGACAGGGGCCAGCAUUGGGAAGUCAGAUGGAGACCCAGAGGUCAUCAGUGACACGGGAGGAACGACCUUCAGCAACAGCAGUGGAGAGUUCAGACACCCGUGCUGCAUCACCACCUUCUGCUUCAAGAGCGCCCUGCUGGCAUGCAUCCUGACCGCUGUGUGCUUCUCCUCGGUUGCACUGGUUCGCCAAUACCUCAAGGACCUCCUGCUCUGGGUGGAGAGCCUGGACAGCCUCGUCGGGGCCAUGCUGUUCAUAGUUGGUUUGAUUAUCGUGUCGUUCCCGUGUGGAUGGGGAUAUAUUGUUCUUAAUGUGGCAGCUGGCUACCUCUACGGCUUUGUGCUGGGCAUGGGACUAGUUAUGGUGGGAGUUUUAAUAGGGACCUUUGUGGCACACCUGGUGUGCAAACGGCUAUUGACUGACUGGGUGCUGAACAAGGUUGGAAACAGUGAACAGCUCAGUGCUGUCAUACGAGUGGUGGAGGGAGGAAGCGGACUCAAAGUUGUGGCCUUAGCGAGACUCACCCCCAUACCAUUUGGGCUCCAAAAUGCAGUUUUCUCGAUCACAGACGUGUCCUUGCCAAACUACCUGGUGGCCUCCUCUGUGGGUCUGUUGCCCACUCAGCUUCUCAACUCCUACCUGGGCACCACACUUCGCACCAUGGAGGACGUUAUCGCUGAGCAGAGCGUCAGCGGCUACUUCGUGUUCAGCCUGCAGAUCAUCAUCAGCAUCGGCCUGAUGUUCUACGUCGUGCACCGGGCGCAGGUAGAGCUCAACGCAGCCAUCGCCGCCUGCCAGAUGGAGCUGAAAUCGUCGCACAUGAACGGCUCCUCCACCAAUCACAGCGGCUUCACCUACUGCAGCAAGAGGGCGACGGCCGGCGGUGGAAACUGCAUCAAUGUGGUGUGACCGCAAAACCGCCACACAAGGCAGUAGCUCGUACGACUUGGUCGCCGAAUUGUAAGACUACAGAGCUUAAGGGAACCCGCUGAGUUUAGACACAGUCUGAAGGUGGCGUGGUUUAUAAUCUCCAACAUCAUAUUCUGACCGCCUUUGUAAGGAAACCCUGAAAGCGUACGUCUUUAGUCGGUACAGUGUGAGACCACGCACCUUUUUGAAGAAACGGUGCUGAUGGGAUUUGUUUUGCGGUACAUCAUCUUGGGAGUUUUUUUUCUUCUUUUUAUUAAGGUACUUCUUAACCUAUUCUUAACUUAAGUUACUCUGUUACAAGAGAUGUCAAUGAACUGAUGAUGUUUAGAGGUAUUAGAGGUGAGUGAGUGAGUCAUUU